AUGAUGGCUGCGGCUACGCCUAGUGUUCAUGAGAAACCCGAGGCGUUUGCUUUGGUGGCAGGUGUAGAGGGUGUCACUGUAGGAGGGGACAAGACCCAUCAAGCCUCGGGUCGAUCCGGGUUGACCCGUGACCUUGUCGCUGCUGUUCCAAGCUUUGGUGUUAACAGGAAGAAAAGGAUGGCUAGACAGAGGAGAUCAUCGUCCACCAUCAAACUCCUCUCUUUCACUAACUCCUCCAGUAGCUCUCACGUGCCAUCCUCCACUCUUCCCGCACGUGUUAUUGAUCCAAAGAAAUUGAGAUUCCUUUUCCAGAAGGAACUUAAGAACAGCGACGUAAGCUCCCUCCGAAGAAUGAUACUCCCAAAGAGAGCAGCGGAGGCUCACUUGCCUGUCCUUGAGUCCAAAGAAGGGAUUCUUAUCAGCAUGGAUGACUUAGAUGGCCUGCAUGUGUGGAGCUUCAAGUAUAGGUUUUGGCCUAAUAACAACAGCCGUAUGUAUGUACUUGAAAAUACAGGGGAAUUUGUUAACACACAUGGAUUACAGCUUGGUGAUUUCAUCAUGGUGUAUCAGGAUAGUCAAAAUCAAAAUUAUGUAAUCCAGGCUAAGAAGGCCUCUGAUCAAGAUGUAUAUACUGACAUAGCUAGAAAUGCGGUGAAUGACCUAUUCCUCCAUGAUUAUGAGGUUAGUAAAUCCAGCUCCUAUUAUUAUCCUACGAUGGACGAUGCUGGCAUGUCAUUUAUCUAUGACACGACCUUCUCAAAUGACUCUCCACUUGAUUUUCUGGGUGGAUCAAUGACCAACUAUUCAAGGAUCGGAUCUCUCGAAAGCUUUGGCUCGGUUGAAAACUUGUCCCUUGACGAGUUUUAUCAAGUUUAA